AUGCCAGACAUACGAAACUUUUUUGGUGCCAAAUCUGGCCAGGGCUCCGUUGCGCCUGCUGCUAAACCUGCUGUUAAGGAGGAUCCUUCCGCCGCUCGCAAGAAACGUAGCAGAAAGGUAGUUAGCGACAGUGAGGAUGAUGACUUCGAACCCCAGCCAUCCUCGAAGCCUAAACCGCUGAAAAACCCGGUCCAAGACGAAAAGAAAGGAGAGCCGACAACUACAUCAGAGUACUUUGCUUCCAGCAAGAAGAGAGGUCGAUCUUCGAAGUCGGCUGCAGUCAAAGAUGUCACAGACGUUAGCGAUGGAAACACCCCCCCGAAAGCCAAGCCGAGCAAAGAAGUACCGCCGUCGACAGAAAAGAAAGGAAAAUUACGUGGACCGAAACCCGCAUCGAAGGUGCUAGAUGACGACGAUAACCUGGGCGGCGACGAUAUUUUCGCGACAGAGUACAGCAAAGCCGGUCGACGUGCAGAUGAAUAUGUCGAAAAAAACGAUGCAAGCAGUUCCGAUGAGCUUAUUGUCAAACCUGCUACCUCCAAACGGAGUAAACUUGACGACGAUCCAGAUGUAGAAAUGGUUGAUGCAUCACCGGCUAAAGCCAACCCCGGAAGGAAACGCAAAACAGAAGCUGUCUUUGACGUUGAUGAAGGUGAUAAAAAGCCGAAAAAAAGUACCGGACCCGCAGUCAAAAAACAGAAAUCUGCGGCAAAACAACAGGAACCGGAGAAUAAGGAGAUCCAGGAUAUUUUCGACAAUAUACCGACUAUCAGACCGCCAAGUCCACCGCCAGAUGUUCCUGGUGAGAAGCCGAAAUUCAGCUACAUGAAUGCCGCCAGAUCUCGCACGCCUCCUGCAGCUGGAUCCGCAGAGUUACCAGUCGGAGCUGAGAAUUGCCUUGCUGGGUUAUCCUUUGUAUUCACAGGCGUUCUAGAUACUCUGGGUCGAGAAGAAGGCCAGAACCUCGUUAAGCGUUAUGGUGGCAAAGUUACCGGUGCUCCUAGCUCAAAAACCAGCUAUGUUGUUCUUGGGAGUGAUGCUGGGCCAAGCAAGCUCAAAAAGAUCAAGGACAUGAGCAUCAAAACAAUUGGCGAAGAAGGACUUUUCGAGUUGAUUAGACGACUCCCCGCAAAUGGCGGUAGUGGCAAGGCUGCCGGGCAAGCACAAGCGAAAAAAGAAGCCGAAGAACAGAAGAUUCGUGCCCUCGCUAAGGAAAUGGAACAAGAAGAGAAAAAGAAAGCGGCUCAAGCAGUCAAAGCCAGCUCUCAAACAUCCUCGACAAUGGCCACUCCAAGCUCCCAGUCCAACAACAUAGAUGACCGCCUUUGGACCACAAAAUAUGCACCAACCUCGAUGAAUAUGAUUUGUGGCAAUAAAGGGCAAGUCGAGAAACUCCAAGCGUGGCUGCGUAACUGGCGAAACAAUGCCAAAAGGAACUUCAAGAUGCCAGGGAAAGAUGGUUUUGGUCUCUACCGCGCUGUCAUGAUCCAUGGUCCACCUGGAAUUGGAAAAACUACGGCAGCUCAUCUAGUCGCAAAGCUAGAGGGUUACGACGUCGUGGAGACUAACGCUAGUGAUACUCGUAGCAAGAAGCUAGUGGAAGGAGGACUUCUUGGUGUCUUGGACACCACGUCUCUGCAGGGAUAUUUUUCGGCCCAGGGCAAACAAGUCGAAAGCCAAAAGAAAAAUAUCGUACUUAUUAUGGAUGAAGUAGACGGUAUGUCUGCCGGAGAUAGGGGUGGUGUUGGUGCUUUAGCUGCUGCCGCCAAAAAAACGAAUGUCCCAUUGAUUCUCAUCUGUAAUGAGAGAAGUUUACCGAAGAUGAAGCCAUUUGACCAUGUCACAUUUGAGCUUCCGUUCAGGCGACCAACUCCAGACAUGAUUAGGGCACGACUCAUGACGAUUUGCUUCCGUGAGAAUUUAAAAAUUCCCCCACCAGUGCUGGAUAGUUUGAUUUCAGGCACUGGUGCGGAUAUCAGACAGGUAAUCAAUAUGCUGUCGACGGUGAAAUUGGAUCAAAAGACUCUUGACUACGACCAGGGCAAGGAGCUAUCGAAGGCAUGGGAAAAACAUGUCAUUCUAAAGCCUUGGGAUAUUGUAUCCAAGAUUCUCAACGCGCAGAUGUUUUCCCAGAGCUCCAAAUCUACCCUGAAUGACAAGAUAGAGCUUUAUUUCAACGAUCAUGAAUUCAGCUAUCUCAUGCUCCAGGAAAAUUAUCUGAAGACCAGUCCAAUGCUGGCUGGCAAUUUCUCCGGAAAAGAACGGCAACUUAAACUCCUUGAGCUCGCUGAUAAUGCAGCAUCCAGCAUCAGUGAUGGUGACCUGGUUGAUCGCAUGAUACAUGGCAGCCAGCAACAAUGGAGUUUGAUGCCGACUCACGCCGCUUUUAGUUUUGUGCGACCAGCAAGUUUUACGUUUGGAAACAUGAGGGAGCGGCCAGCCUUUCCAAGUUGGUUGGGCAAUAAUAGUAAACAGGGCAAGCUUAGUCGUUACGUGAAAGAGAUUCAAGGUCACAUGAGACUUCGCGCCUCUGGAGACCGCGACGAGAUAAGACAACAAUACAUGCCUGCUAUGUGGGAUAAACUCGUGCGUCCGUUGAUGGAUGAGGGUAAGGAAGCGGUUGAAAGUGUUAUCAACUUGAUGGAUAGUUAUUUCAUCACGCGAGAGGACUGGGAUGCUCUAGUUGAACUAGGUCUUGGUCCUAUGAAUGAGGAGCAUGUCAAAAUCCAGACACAAACGAAAUCGGCAUUUACCAGAAUUUACAAUCAGCGGUCGCAUCCUCUGCCUUUUAUGAAGGCUAGCAAUGUUACCGCACCCAAGAAAGGUCCGAAGGAGAAGCCUGACAUUGAAGAUGCAAUUGAGGCCUCCGAUGAAGGAGAAGUCCUCGAAGAUGCUAAAGAAGAAGACGAUGAAGAACUCGAUUUGAAGAAAGACAAAUAUGUUAAGGUGCCUAAAAGCAAAGGGGGUGCCGGCAAAGGUACAGCUACUAAAAGCAAGAAGACGAAGGGAAAGAAUGGCGAUGAUGAUUUUAUUGACGAUGUUGAAGAAGGAGAACCGACCAAGAAGGGUCGGAAGGGGAAGCCAAAGGCGAAAUAA